AUGGACUGUGUGAGGUCAAAGUUGAUGUGCAGGAUGCAAAAGAGGUUUCAGAAGGCCAUAGCAUGGGAAUCUAACAUUACCCCAAAUAUGCUUAAAACAUUGAAUAAUGCAAUAGAUAAGUUUAGGGUUUGGGAGCUAACUGGGAUUCCUUGUAAGCAUGUUGCAGCUUGUAUUGCUUUCAAAAGGUAUAAGUUUGAGGACUUUGUGGAUAGGUAUUUUACAAAGGAAAUGUAUUUGAGGGCAUAUGGAAAAAUGAUACAUCCAAUGCAUGAUAAAAGUGAUUGGCCAGAGGUGGAGUGUAAUCCAGUAUUGCGACCACCCCUUAGAAGGCCACCAGGAAGACCUAAGAAACAUAGGAUAAGGGAAGUUGAUGAAGCAGCUUCAAUGAAGAGAUCAUGCAAUUUAAGAUGCAGUAUUUGUGGUUCUCGAGUUCAAUCUCACUUGGAUUUUUGUUGGAUGGUUGGAAAUGUUGAACAUAAGCAUUUAGCCCUUCAUAUUGGAACAAGAAAUGCUUCACUGCGUCAGGCCGAGAGUGAGCAUCGGCGGAUUGUAUCGCUCUCUUCAAGUCGGCGAUCACAACGUCUUCCACUUGGUCGUGCCUCCCAUUUUCUCAUCCGCUUCACCGCUGCAAAAAUUAACUUUCAGCUUUCGCGUUGCGUCUCAUCAUCAUCAACAGCAAUGACAUCGACGAUGGCCUUGAUGGCUCCACCGACGGCCAAGAAAGUGAAGCAUGAAAUGGAGUUGUUCGGAGACGUCAGAGUCGACGACUACUACUGGCUUCGCGACAAUUCUCUCUCUGAUUCCGAAAUCCUCUCUCACCUCCAACCCGAGAAUGAAUACACCGAUUCCAUCGGGGUGCUCGAGGAUACAAGAAACCAUACCCUCCUUGGUAUCUUACGUGUUCAAAGCUGCUUUAGAGGUCAUCAAGCUCGUCGUUACCUCAAGGAGUUUAGGAGAGGAAUUGCAACCCUUCAGUCAUUUGUUCGAGGUGAGAGACACAGGAAGGAAUAUGCAGUCUUACUACAGAGACAUAGAGCAGCUACAGUUAUACAAAAGCAUUUGAAAGGCAGGAUUGGAAGGAAGAAGUUCACAAAUGUUUAUCAUGCAUCAAUUCUGAUACAAUCGGUCAUUCGGGGCUGGUCAAUCAGAAGAUGCUCAGGAGACAUAGGAUUACUCCAAUGCGGUGGGAGAAAGGGUAAUGAGUCGGAUGAGGUGUUGGUGAAGUCAUCUUUCCUUGCUGAGCUACAACGGCGAGUUCUUAAGGCCAAGGCUGCUCUAAGAGAGAAAGAAGAGGAGAAUGACAUCCUCCACCAGAGGCUCCAGCAGUAUGAGAGCCGUUGGUCUGAGUAUGAGCUGAAAAUGAAGUCCAUGGAAGAAGUGUGGCAGAAACAAAUGAGAUCACUACAAUCAAGCCUAUCCAUUGCAAAGAAGAGCCUAGCUGUUGAUGAUUCUGCAAGGAAUUCUGAUGCAUCAGUCAGUAUAAACGAUGACAGAGACUACAGCUGGGAAACGGGUAGUAAUUUCAAAGGUCAAGACAGCAAUGGGGUGAGACCAAUGAGUGCAGGUCUGAGUGUUAUAAGCCGAUUGGCUGAAGAAUUCGAGCAGAGGAGUCAAGUAUUUGGUGAUGAUGCGAAAUUCCUGGUGGAGGUAAAGUCAGGUCAGGUCGAGGCGAGUUUGAACCCAGAUCGUGAGCUUAGAAGGUUAAAACAGAUGUUUGAAGCUUGGAAGAAUGAUUACGGAGUAAGACUGCGAGAAACAAAGGUAAUCUUGAAUAAGCUUGGAAAUGAAGAAGGGGCCGCUGACCGGGUGAAAAAGAAGUGGUGGGGGAGGAGGAACAGCUCAAGGAUAAAUUAGAUUUUACGAUUUUCCCGUGGCUUGUCUUUGAGCCUUAUUUUUUGUUUUGGUUUUUUGAAGUUUGAAAAUUGUUGAAAAACACUAGAGUUCUGUCCUUAGGAACAAGUUGGUGCAUUGCAGAGCGUCAUAAUUCAAAUAUGUAUAUCAAUUUUAUAUACAAUUGCGAGUUCUAUGUUGGUGAGA